ACGCGCGCGCGAAUCGAUUACGAAAACAAAAAACUGAACAAAAAUGAAACCGAGCAUAACAAAACAAGCGAGCGCGGGAGCGCCAAGCUCGACCGCAAGUAUUAACAAACUUCCGGAUGGGUUUGCAUCAUCCAAUGGUUCCAGCGGUAGCGAGAGGAAGUUUGUCGAUUACUCUAGCAUCCGAGAGAAGACUGUUCUGGUUGGACCGACCGAGGAUCAGUUCGAUUUGUUGAUGCAACGGUUAGAGGAACGUAUAUCGGCCAGCCGUGGUGAGACGGUGUACGAUAUUGGCAUUGGGGAAGAUGGCAGUGAAAAUGGAUUAGAACAGGACGAGUAUGCUGCUUCGCUGGCAACACUCCAAUCCCUGGCAGCGAUGCUGCGCGCGGAAUGUGUCGAGCUACGUACCCGUAAGGCAGAGAAGGGUAUCACUGGCCAGUACCUGAUCCGGCGGCGAGUAGAGGAAGACGAUUUCACCGAAGUACGGGUAGCCGUCGUCGGUAACGUGGAUGCUGGCAAAUCUACCUUGCUGGGUGUGCUGACCCAUGGGGAGCUGGACAAUGGACGUGGUUUUGCGCGGCAGCGUCUAUUUCGUCACAAGCACGAAAUCGAAAGUGGCCGUACUAGCUCCGUAGGAAACGAUAUCCUAGGGUUUGACAGUGUGGGAAAUGUGGUCAAUAAGCCGGACCAUGGCACACUAGAUUGGGUAAAGAUUUGUGAAAAGUCUGCCAAAGUGAUCACGUUCAUUGAUUUGGCCGGUCAUGAGCGUUACCUGAAGACGACGGUAUUCGGCAUGACCGGUCACGCACCGGACUUUGGAAUGUUGAUGAUCGGAGCCAACUCUGGCAUCGUGGGCAUGACGAAGGAACAUCUGGGACUUGCCUUGGCAUUGUCGGUGCCGGUGUUUGUGGUCGUCACCAAGAUUGACAUGUGUCCGCCGAAUAUUUUGCAGGAGAAUUUGAAGCUGCUGUACAAAAUUCUGAAAUCGCAAGGCUGCCGUAAGGUCCCGGUGAUGGUGAAAACGAGCGAUGAUGUCGUGCUGAGCGCGACCAACUUCGUAUCGGAACGGUUAUGUCCCAUCUUUCAAGUAUCGAACGUAACGGGGGAAAACUUGGAUUUGUUGAAAAUGUUCCUCAAUCUGCUGAAUGUACGCACCACCGGGAAUGAUGCUUUACCAACCGAGUUCCAGAUCGAUGAUACGUAUGCCGUUCCUGGUGUAGGAACCGUAGUGUCGGGAAUCACUUUGCAAGGCAUAGUGCGGUUAAACGAUACGCUAUUGCUUGGACCGGAUCCGCUGGGUGACUUUCAGCCGAUCACAAUCAAAAGCAUCCACCGAAAGCGUAUGGUGGUUCGGGAAGUGCGCAGUGGCCAGACAGCUAGUUUUGCGCUGAAGAAAAUCAAGCGUUCCCAAAUUCGCAAAGGAAUGGUAAUGGUAAGCCAGGCACUGAAUCCACAGGCCUGCUGGGAGUUUGACUGUGAGAUACUGGUGUUGCAUCAUCCGACGACAAUUUCCAGCAAGUACGGCCGAUGGUCGGCAAUGGUGCACUGCGGUAGCAUUCGGCAAACGGCACAAAUCCUGCAAAUGUCCAAGGAAUGUUUACGUACCGGCGAUAAGGCUGUGGUACGUUUCCGGUUUAUAAAAAAUCCGGAAUACAUGAAACCGGGCCAACGGAUGGUGUUUCGCGAGGGACGAACGAAAGCGGUCGGUAAUGUGAUACAGCCACUGUACACACCCGGCAGUAUCCAGCAACGGUCAAAGCCGAACAAAAUGCAAUCGAACCGCGGGCUGACCGGAGCAGUAAUGCAGGGUGGUUCAGGAUCUGCGUCCGUGAAUUUUCCACUGUCGAAGGGUUCCAGUGCAACGGUCGAUGGAAUGGCGGCCGAGAUGGACAAUGGAACGGCAAACAGUUCACCGAUAAACGAAUCCACACCCGUGCUGGACAUUGGAACUGAUAAACGUAACCACCACCACCGGCCACCGGGAGGCGGUAAUAAAAAGCGAAUGAAUAACAUGGUUGGGUCGGCAGCUGGCAGUGCUAGUACAUCAUCGUCUUCUACUGCCACCAGUUUACCGCCCUCUAGUGGGAAGUCGUUAUCGUCGGGUGGAUCUGCUGCGACAACACAAUCGGUAGCUUCUAAUUCUUCCGGCCCGUCCAAUUCGGGAAAUGCGGUCGCAGUCGACAUGGGCAAGCUAUCCAUUGCUUCCAACUAGAGUAAGGGUUUAAUUUGUUGUUGAAU